AUGUCUGACUCACAUCCACGUGGUACAUCGACUUCUGCUAGCCAAGAUAGAGAUCUUCCCUAUCAGCCGAUCACUCUCAGCGCCGCAGAUAUUGCAGCUACAUUGGCGAUGGCUGCAUCACGAAUCCGAGCAUGUGUUGCUCAAUAUCAGAAAGAAGCAGCUGAAAUGGAUUUGCUGUGCGCACGAAUCACCCACUUCAAAACUGGGCUUCAAUGGGAGAUCUCGACCUUUGUGACACUGGUCCUGCAGUACUCAGCUGCACACAACAUCAUUUCAUUCAUGCCAAUCCCCAUCGCUCAUCUGCUGCUCUUGAUCCCGCAGCAAAGCUGGACCGAGGUUCCGGACCAUGUCUUCGCAGCUCAUCUGGGUCGGCUUCAAGAUCGCGCAGCUCCCAGCGAUCCCUCGCACAUCAUUCCAGACUAUGAUACUCUGUGGUGGAUGGGGCACACCACCAUUCCAAACGAACCUUGGUGA